AUGGAUCAAUCUCGCAAGAAGAUUGAAUUCCACUCUGGAAACCCACGGUUUUCCAACACGAAUCGGUCGAGAAACAUCGCAUCCUCUACAUCUACGGGCAAUGUUCCAGCUUCACACCUUGUGCCAGCAACAACCUACUCCACCCCAUUACAAUGCACGGAACCGUCUGAGCCUCCACAAUAUCAAACAUCGAUGUCUUUUCAACCUCCACGCACUCACCCCGCACAAGCCACGACCUCUUCCGCCAGGGCGCCUCCCCCAAUAAACAUCACACAGCGAGUAGAUCCUAUAACUCGCCCCCCAUCCAUAUCCAGCACCGACUUGCGUUAUGAAUCUUACGACGAGGACACCACCGACUGCUCUGACUGCAUGUCUUCUGCAAAUUGCUCCGAGGUUUAUCUAUCGCCUUCUCCUCAGCCUAUGCCUCGACAUCUUAAAGAGAGAACCUUGGAGUGGAUUUCGCGUGUUGAACCUGCUCAUUCGCCUGGACCUUCGGGUAAUAUUACCAAGGAACAGGAACAGGAACAGGAACAGGAGAAAGGGGGUUGGCGGUCGGUGAACAUGAAUGUGGAAUCAAGGCCGGUUGUUGGGUCUUCUGGUGCACUUAUUUUUCGUAAAAAGAAGAAACGCGCACGAAACGAUCAGGGAUUACCUGUACGAGAUGGUGAUAGAGUGUCAGGAGAGGGCCAUCAAAUGAGAACGCUCGUCCUCAGAGAAACUCCUCAAAGGGAGAUUGAGGAGAACUCUGAGGCUAAGAGACGUCGUGGGUCUUCUGGAGUUGGACGGGAGUGA